AUGGAGGAAAUGUCCCCGGAGUAUGACGUUAUUGUGAUGGGCACAGGCUUGACGGAAUGUGUUCUCUCAGGCGUUCUGAGCGUUAAGGGGCAAAAGGUCCUCCACAUUGACCGGAAUGAUCACUAUGGCGGUUGCCAGCUCUUUCGAAAAUUCCGGGACGUUAAGCCCGGAGAGAAACCAUGGGAGAAAUACGGCCGGGUGAACGAUUGGAACGUUGAUUUGGUCCCAAAACUUCUCAUGUCAAAUGGAGAAUUGACCAAUAUCCUCGUCUCUACCGAAGUCACCAAGUACCUUGAUUUCAGACAGAUUGCCGGCAGCUACGUCCAACAGGGAGAUGGAGCAAAGGCUACCGUUGCCAAGGUCCCUUCAGAUGCCGGUGAAGCUCUUCGAUCUUCGCUCAUGGGCUUGUUUGAGAAACGACGCGCGAAGAAGUUCCUUGAAUGGGUAGGCGACUUCAAUGAAAAAGACCCAUCCACUCACCAAGGGCUGAAUCUUUCCACUUGCACUAUGAAGGAUGUAUACGACAAAUUCUCACUCGAGACUACCACCCGUGACUUUGUCGGGCACUCUAUGGCUUUGUACCAGUCUGACGACUACAUUUCCCAAACUGGAAAGGCUUCUGAGACUAUCAACCGUAUCCGAUUGUAUGUCAACUCCAUGGCCCGCUACGGAAAAUCUCCUUACAUCUACCCACUCUACGGACUCGGAGAGCUCCCACAGGGUUUUGCACGUUUGUCUGCCAUCCACGGUGGAACGUACAUGUUAAACGCAAACGUCGAUGAAGUUCUGUAUGAGAAUGGCAAAGUGUCCGGUAUCAAAGCCACGAUGAAGGAGCGAGGCGAGCCUGGCGAAGGAUUCUCCUUCACCACCAAGACGAAGAAAAUCCUUGCGGACCCAUCGUAUUUCCCACAGAAAACAAAGGUUGUUGGCCAUUUGCUGAAAGCAAUUUGCAUUUUGAACCAUCCCAUCGAUAAAACUGAGGAGAGUGACUCCCUGCAACUGAUUAUCCCCCAGUCGCAAGUUGGACGAAAGCAUGACAUCUACAUUGCUAUGGUUUCAUCUGCCCACAACGUUUGCCCCAAGGGUUAUUACAUUGCCAUUGUCUCAACUAUCGCCGAAGGUGAAGCAAAUCAUCAUCUGGAACUCAAGCCAGGCCUUGACCGUCUAGGCAAGAUCGAAGAGAUGUUCAUGGGCCCCCCUAUCCCACUCUACGAACCACUUGAAGAUGGCAGGAAUGACAACAUUUAUAUCUCCAAGAGCUACGACUCCACAAGCCACUUUGAAACCACAACUGGACAUAUUGUUGACUGCUCAAUAGACGAUGUUCGAGAUAUUUAUCACCGGUGUGAGGGCCAUGAGUUGGUUGUUGAGGGUCUCAGAGAGGGUGAAACCCUCGUUGGCCAGGAUCAGUAG